UAAGAUGAGUCAUAUGUAGAAAUUUGAAGCGGUGGGAAUGGCAAGUCAAGCGCAGCGUCGCAGCCAAUCAUCAUAAGGCGUUGACUCUUUUAGCCUGUUAAUAGUGUCUUUGAGGCCUUGGAUACUUCCCAGAAACACCCCCACCAUCUUUAUGUAUCAAAACACAACUUCCUCCUCCUCUUUGUUUCUUUCCUUAUUUAUUCAAACCUCAAAUCUGUUCCCUUUCUUUCUUUCUGUUUUGCUUCCGCACCGCCCUCAACUUCAGUGACUUGCUGUUUCUUGGUGAGAACCUACCUUGAUAUCUUUCCAAGUUUACUUUCCACUUUAAUAUUUUCUUCUUUUGCUUUUACUUCUACCAGUUAUUGUUAUCUGGGUCUGCUUAGCUCUGGUUUUUCAAAUAUAUCUCUACUUUGAACUUGAUUUAGAGUUUAGGUUUCCAAAGUUUACCUUUUGAUUUAUUUCCAUGGAUCAAAAUACUGCUGGAUUCUCUGAUAUCAUAAAUGAUUUUCAAUUCAAUGAUGCAUCCUUUGUAUCUAAUGUAAAUCAAUAUCCAAAUACUGAAAAUGGAUCCAAGUUCACUAUUUCUUCGCCAGAUCUCAACUUUUUGGACUACCCUUUUAGUUCCCCUGACCCUGAUCCUGGUAUAUUCACACCAUUGUCAACCUCCAGUCCAGAAAUAGAGUCUCUUGUUGAUUCUGGGAGUUUGAUUCUAGAUGGAAGCUCCUUUGUUCCCUCAACCGGCUGGAGUCCUGAGGGACAGGCUUCCUCUUCCUCGGAUGAUAGUGAUUCUUCAGACCCGGUUCUCAAAUACAUAAGCCAAAUGCUGAUGGAAGAGGACAUGGAAGAUAAGCCAUCUAUGUUUUAUAACCCUUUUGCUCUUCAAGCCGCCGAGCAAUCACUGUACGAUGUACUUGGUGAGCAGCAGCCACACUAUCCUUCAUCCUUUAAUCAACCUCAACACCAGCUUUCUGUUGACCUCAAUAACGAUAGUUUAGCAAGCAACAGUACUCUUUCUAAUAGUAGCAACGAUGUUAAUAGCAAUACUGGUGUCUUAACUAGAACCGGUAGUGGUAGUAGUGAUUUUGUUGAUACUCUGUUGGUUGGCGAUAUUGGAGAGUAUAAUCCCUCUCAGUCACAAAUCCCACCUUCUGGUGGUUACCAUUUCCAAUCCAAUUCGGAGCAGCCCAAUUUGCAGUUUUCAGUUAAUCCACCAGAAAGCAUGACUAAUAUCGGGCACGGGUUGAUGACUUCUUCUGUGAAUGAGCUUCUUGCUCAGAAUAUGUUUAGUGACACACAGUCUAUACUGCAGUUUCAGAGGGGGUUGGAGGAAGCUAGUAAAUUCCUUCCGACUGGUAAUCAACUGAUUAUUGAUUUGGAAAGCUAUGGUUUCUCCAAGGGCCAAAAGGAAGAGACUGCCAAGGUUGUAGUCAAGGAGGAGAAGGAUGGGAAAGAAAACUCGCCUGCUGGAUCAAGGGGUAGAAAGAAUCAUGAGCGUGAGGAUGCAGGCUUAGAAGAAGAGAGGCAAAAUAAGCAAUCGGCUGUCUCUGUGGAAGAGGCUGGAUUAUCUGAGGCUGGAUUAUCUGAGAUGUUCGACAAGGUGUUGCUUCUUGGAUGUUUAAAAUGUGAGCCUAUAUUGUGCACCGAUGAGGCUCAGGUUCAAACUGUGCAUACUGGAUCAAGCAACAGCUUGCAGCAGAAUGAACAAUCCAAUGGAUCUAAUGGCGGGAAAUCUCGUGCAAGGAAGGGAAGGAAGAAGGAUACAGUGGAUUUGAGGACUCUCUUGAUUAUCUGCGCUCAAGCUGUUGCCACCAAUGAUUUCAGAACUGCUAAUGAGCUACUGAAGCAGAUUAGGCAGCACUCUUCACCAACUGGUGAUGGGUCUCAGAGGAUGGCCCAUUACUUUGCAAAAGGCCUUGAAGCGCGUUUGGCUGGCAGUGGAACAGGACAUAAAAAUUUCUUUACUUGCUUCGCUCCCAUGAAAACAGCUGCCACUAUAUUGAAAGCUUAUAAAGUUUAUCUUAAUGCCUGUCCAUUUAAGAAGUUUGCUAUUUUCUUUGCAAACCAAAUGAUUAUGAAUGUAGCUGAGAAAGCAACAACUCUUCACAUUGUAGAUUUUGGUAUUGUAUACGGUUUUCAAUGGCCAAUUCUCAUUCAACUUCUCUCAGAGAGAUCUGGUGGCCACCCUCCCAAGUUACGCAUAACCGGGAUAGAGCUUCCCCAACCUGGUUUCAAACCAGCAGAAAGAAUUGAGGAGACAGGUCGUCGCUUGGCAAGGUAUUGUGAGCGCUUUAAUGUUCCAUUUGAGUACAAUGGCAUAGCAUCACAGCACUGGGAAACUGUCAAAUUUGAGGACCUCAAGAUUAAAUCCGAUGAGGUGGUUGCUGUGAAUUGUCUGUACCGGUUUAAGUACCUGCUUGAUGAAACCGUUGAAGUUAACUGUCCAAGGGAUGCUGUCUUGAACUUAAUCAGGAAGAUAAAUCCAGCUAUUUUUGUCAAUUCUGUCGCUAAUGGAUCGUAUAAUGCUCCCUUCUUCGUCACACGUUUUCGGGAAGCAAUCUUCCACUUCUCCUCAUUGUUUGAUAUGUUUGAUUCUACUAUGGCCCGUGAAAGUCAAGAGAGAUUGUUAUUGGAGGAAGAGUUUUAUUCACGAGAUGCAAUAAAUGCCAUAGCUUGUGAGGGGUUGGAGAGGAUUGAGAGGCCUGAGUCAUACAAGCAGUGGCAUACACGAACCAUGAGGGCUGGGUUCAAGCCAUUGCCAGUGGACCUGAAGCUGAUGGCGAAACUUCGGAUUAAGUUGAAGCAUUUGUACCACAAGGACUUUGUAAUUGAUGAAGAUGGCAACUGGAUGCUGCAGGGAUGGAAGGGAAGGAUUAUCUAUGCUUCUGGCAGUUGGGUACCAGCAUAGGGUACUGAUCAGCACAUAUCUUAGAAGGAAGAAUUGAGAACUAUAAGAUUCUUCCAGGAGAACUUUGAAAAUAAAUGAAGGUUACCUAAAGUUGUCCACUUGUCCUUCCUUCUUGCAGAAGAACCCUAUCGGCCACUAUGUGUGAUUAACAUAUGGUUAAAGGCUGUUGACUAAGCUAUGAAGUAGUCUAAUGUUAUGUAUAAUACGAUUAUGGACAUUAAACCCUAUGAUAGAGUAAGGGUUGGAACGUUCUCCAAUUCUUAUGUUGUGGAGGCUGCUGCCUUGCUUGUCAAAAUAUUAGUGUAAUGAACAGAGGUAUUUUUUUCUUGAUUGUCAGCCUUGGUUCCGCUGGUAACCAGGGGAGUCUAGAUCUUAGCUUUUUGUCUGUAUAUAUUUCCCAGGUUGUGUUUUGGCUCUGUUUACUGCAUUAAUAAAGUGAUUUUUUGGAGUUCA